CCUUUGCCUUCGAACAAUUCCACAACCUCCCCAGGCCGACGUAUAGAUUUAAAUUUGCUCAACAAGCCACUUCCGGCUCAGAGAUGCGAUAGUCGAUUCGUCCUCCUUCGGCUUCCGACACUUUCUCAGCCAGCCUGCUAGCCAGUCUUCUAUUCUGAUCAGAACGAUAAGAUGUUUUGUUUGCGUAGCUGGUUGCCACUCCUCGUCUUCAUAUCGAGCGCCAGCCCCAUUUAUAUCCUCUGCUUCCUCAGCGCAUUCUACUGGCUUCAACGACCAUGCGUAUAUUGCAGCAUCCUCCUCUUCGUUCUCGUCUUCUCGAUCUUCGACUUCAGCGCAGAUUGGUUCGAGCCGCGGUGGAAUGGUAAUGCGACAGCCCUUACGAAAACAGUGGCCUCGUUUCUGGGAGGAAACUCAACCUUUACCGAGGUGGCUUUAGAGACGGCGAGCCUGGCCGUCUCGGCAAUCAACGGUACUGGCGGAUCACUAGCAAGCUCAGCGAUGGACAAUGUGAGGAGCAGGAUGGCAUCGGAGGCUGGCUCGGCUGUAAUCACAACGUUACCGAAUGGUCUAAGUGCGUUCGAAUGGAUACGAAAUCUCUUGGACAAACGGCAACUUCGCAUACCUUGCCUCGGAGUAGUCGUACGGAUAUGAAGAACAGGAGCAUCAGCAUGGCAGAUAAUGUGGCCACGAGAGACAUGACGGCAUAGAAGGGCGUUUUGAUGAGCAUUUACAUCGGUUGAGGGACACGGGCUCAGUCUACAAGAUACCCUACGACUCCGCUGAGAGCGCGCAAUAGGACAAGAUUGCGACAGUAUGUACAAUUGACAACCUAGCACUGCUAUUCG